AUGGGCUCUUCAGGACAGUACGAGCUUCCAUUCAAGCUCCAAAACCCAAAUCUCCUCCAUAACCUCUCCUUCGUCAAUGGCGAAUGGGUGAAAGCCAGUUCAGGCAAGACCUUCGACGUCGUCGACCCCGGUACAGGCAAACCAUGGACAUGCUGCCCCACAAAUGACGCCUCGGACGUUGAUGCUGCUGUCCAAUCCUCUCACGCUGCUUUCCUCGAAUACAAGAAAAUCAGCCCUCGUCAACGUGCCCAAAUGCUGUACAGAUGGGAUGCCCUCAUCAAAGAAAACAGAGAGGAUAUCGCCACGAUGCUGGUCUAUGAGACUGGGAAACCGCGCUCAGAGGCGUACGGGGAAAUCGAUUAUUCCACAGGUUUCACGUGGUGGUUUGCCGGCGAGGCAGAAAGGAUCCAAGGCUCUGUUUUCACGCCCGCGUUGCCAAACCGCAGGAUCUUCACGAUCAAGCAACCACUGGGUGUGACAGCGGCGCUGGUACCGUGGAAUUUCCCUAUUGCAAUGAUAUUGAGGAAGGCGGGUGCUGCGCUUGCGGCUGGGUGUACGAUGAUUGUGAAACCGAGCCCUGAGACGCCAAUUACGGUGUUGACUCUGGCUUAUUUGGCUCAUAAAGCGGGCUUCCCCCAGGGCGCGUUGAACGUGCUCACUACGGAUCUUGAUAAGACGCCUGAGCUUAGUGAGGCGCUUUGCAGACAUGAACUGGUGAGCAAGGUCACGUUUACAGGCUCGACGAGGGUUGGGAAACUAGUUGCAAAGAUUUGCGCCGAUGGCUUGAAGAAGGUAACGCUGGAGCUGGGUGGGAACUGCCCGGUGCUGAUUUUCGACGAUGCGAAUAUCGAACAAGCAUUGACGCAGAUCUUUGCACUGAAGUAUCGACAUGCGGGACAGGCAUGUAUUACUGCAAAUCGUAUAUAUGUACAAUCUGGCAUCUUCGACAAGUUCCUCGAGCGCUGGAAUGCAGAAGUGCAAAAGAUCGUGGUUGGACAUGGCGCGGAUGAGAAGACUACUAUGGGGCCAGUCACUACAGAGCGUGGUGUGGAGAAGGCGCUUUCUCUUGUUGAAGAUGCGAAGAAGAAGGGCGCAAAGAUACAUACUGGUGGGAACAAGGUCGCGAACAAUGGUGGCUACUUCUUCGAACCUACCGUCAUCACGGGCGUCACGCCAGACAUGGACAUUGCGAAGGAAGAAGUGUUCUCGCCGAUAAGUACUUUCAUCAAGUUUGAAACAGAAGAUGAAGUUGUCAAGGCCGCGAACGAUACGAGCAUGGGUCUUGCAUCUUACUUGUUCACAAAGAACGUGGAUCGUAUGUGGAGGCUAUUUGAAAGCCUUGAAGCGGGUAUGAUUGGACUAAAUACGGGUAACUCAUCGGCGGCCGAGUCACCGUUCGGUGGCAUUAAACAGAGUGGUUAUGGAAAGGAGUCUGGAAAGGAUGUAGCGGUGAACGAGUAUCUCAUAACUAAGACAGGGACCUUUACUUUGGAGGACCAGAGCUGA